AAAACGUCACCUCAAAAUUCAAAUCCCACUUUCCCAAAUUUCCGUUUUCCCGCCCACACGCCCCUGCACUUCCCACUCCUUGAAAGUUCUCGCCCCACAUCUGAACAGAAUCCCAAUCACUCACGCACUCACAAAAAAGCCCUGUCGCGCUCUCUCUCUCUGUCCACCCCUCCCUUUCUCUAAGUUCCACCGUCUUCUCCGGCCAUUCAGCCUCUCUCCGCUAUCUCUUUGUGCCGUACGCAGGAUGGCUUCCAAGCGGAAGGCGAAGGUCGGAACCUCUUCAGGUUCUCCCCCGGAAUCGAAGAAGCCGAGGCAAACCAAGGAGGCUAGAGUUGAAGAGGAGGUAGCAACGAGUGUGGAAAAAGCUGCUUCUCCGCCGAGGAACCCAGUGACUCAGGAGGUAGCUGCGGCUGAUGACGACGGAGAGGAAGCAAGGUUUGUUGGCGAACCGAUGGAAGACGAGGAGGCUCGUAAGCAAUACCCCAAGAGAUAUGUUGGAAAGAAGCCAAAGAUGAAUGGGCAAAACAACUCCAACGAUGAUGAAGAUAUAAUUCAAGCUCAUUGUCACUACACAAAGGCGUUGGUAGAUGGAAUCAAUUAUGACCUGUAUGAUGAUGCCCAUGUAUUUUCAGGGGAGAAAGAAGAGCCAUACAUUUGUAAGAUUGUGGAAAUGUUUGAGGCAAUUGGUGGGCUAUUGUAUUUUACUGCACAGUGGUACUAUAGAUCACGAGACACUGUCAUAAAGCACUGUGCUACUGUUGCUUGUGGGCGUGUAUUCUUUUCAGAUGUCCGAGACGAUAAUCCUCUGAAUUGUCUUCUUGAAAAACUUCAUAUUGUUAGACUGACACUAAAUGUUGAUGAAGAUUUGAAGAGUAAAUCAAUUCCAGUGUGCAAUUACUAUUGUGACACCAAGUAUCUGCUACCGUAUUCUACUUUUGUCAAUCUGCCAGCAGAAAAUAUGCAGACUGGAAGUGAUGACUCAACUAUCUCUGUUGAGGAUGAUGUUUUUUUGGAUAGCGAGGUUGAUUCAAAGCUGCCAAAUGGAGAGCGUGCCAAAUCAGAGGUACGGCUCUUAGAUCUGUAUUCUGGUUGCGGAGCGAUGUCUACUGGCCUGUGCCUUGGUGCACAUUUGGCCAAUGUCAAUCUUGUUACAAGAUGGGCUGUUGACUACAAUAAGUACGCUUGUAAGAGUUUGGCACAAAACCAUCCAGAGACAGAGGUUCGAAAUGAAGCUGCUGAAGAUUUUCUCACAAUGCUCAAGGCAUGGAGAAAACUAUGCAUGUGUUUAAAGUUGGUUGAGAAUGACAAUUUAGAGGAGGAUGUAGAUAAGAGUAUACUUGAAUUCUUUGGAAAGGAAGAUGAUGAAGAGGAAGAAGAAGAUGAAGAAGAAGAUGAAGAAGAAGAGGAAGAUGUUAGUGGAAAUGUCAAGAAUGAUUCUGAAGUUUUUGAAGUUGAUUGCGUGGUAGGAGUAUGUUUUGGUGACCCCAAAAAAACAGAAAAGAAGGGAAUAUACUUUAAGAUUCAUUGGAAGGGCUACGGGCCUGAGGAAGACACCUGGGAGCCAAUGAAUGAAUUGGAGCAUUGUAAGCAGGCUAUCAAAGACUUUAUUACUGAAGGUUACAGAUUGAAAAAAUUGCCUUUACCAGGUGAUGUUGAUGUGGUGUGUGGGGGACCCCCUUGCCAGGGUGUUAGUGGUUUCAACAGAUUUAGGAACACAGAAAGUCCAUUAGCAGAUGACAAAAACCAACAGUUAGAGGUGUACAUGGACAUAGUUCGGUACCUAAAGCCAAAAUUUGUUUUGAUGGAAAAUGUAGUCGAUAUUUUAAAAUUUGCCGAUGGAUUCCUUGGACGAUAUGCCUUGGGACGCCUUGUAGAUAUGAACUAUCAAGUGAGGAUGGGAAUGAUGGCAGCAGGUGCAUAUGGGCUUCCGCAGUUCCGUAUGCGAGUUUUUUUGUGGGGGGCGCGUCCUACUGAGAUCUUGCCCCAGUACCCACUUCCUACGCAUGACGUUGUUUCAAGGGGUGUUACUCCUACACAGUUUGAGGGUAAUGCUGUUGCUUAUGAUGAGGGUCAUCAGACCCAAUUAGGAAAAAGUCUUUUUCUGGAUGAUGCGAUUUCCGAUCUGCCUGCUGUUGCAAAUAAUGAAGAAAGAGAUGAGAUGCGUUAUGGGGUGGCACCCAAGACAGAGUUUCAGAGGCUUAUAAGACUAAGCAAAGAAUACCUAAUGGGGACUUCAAAGGACAACUCUAUACAAAACGUUCUUUAUGAUCACCGCCCUCUGCAGUUGAAUGCCGAUGAUUAUGCACGUGUUUGUGAAGUUCCCAAGAGAAAGGGUGCAUGCUUCAGAGAUCUUCCAGGUGUUCGUGUGCGUGGUGAUAACAAGGUUGAGUGGGAUCCAGAAGUAGCCAGGGUGUAUUUGGCUUCUGGCAAACCGUUGAUCCCAGAUUAUGCUAUGAGUUUCGUGAAUGGGUCUUCAUCGAAACCUUUUGCCCGUUUGUGGUGGGAUGAAACUGUGCCAACAGUGGUCACAAGAGCUGAACCUCAUAACCAAGCUAUUAUGCAUCCCGAGCAAGAUAGGGUGCUUACAAUUCGUGAGAAUGCGAGGCUACAAGGCUUUCCGGAUUUUUACAAGCUCAGCGGGCCUAUAAAAGAAAGGUACAUGCAGGUUGGAAAUGCUGUUGCUGUUCCUGUUGCGCGUGCACUGGGCUAUGCAUUAGGUCUUGCUCUUAAAGGUUCUGCUGGUGCUGAUCCCCUGUUCAUACUGCCUGCAAAUUUCCCUAGCCUUCAAGAUCAGGUUCAUUCGGCAUCAUCUGAAGAGGAGAAUUGAGUCACUGUUGUUACAGUAGGAUUUAUUCAUCUUUGUUGCAACUCUACAUUGGAGAACAAUAUUACUUUGGAGUUAUUUCCUCGGAUGAACAAUGUCCUUGGAUUACUCGGGAAUGAAAAUUUCAAACCUUCGAGUUUA